CCCAACCGCAGCCCAGGCUUUCCCUCGACGCACCCUCCGAACGCAGCAGCCCGUACCGCCAGCCGUGAGCGAGCAUGGCGUCGGACGACGAAGGGCAUUCGCGGUCCAAGAGACCCACGCCAAUGACACGACAGUCGUCGUCGCAGUCGCACAUUUCGCAGUCGCCAUCCGAGGGCGGCCACCAGCGAGCGGCUCACCACAAAGGGCAGCGCCAUCACGUCGUGGGCCAGCGCGUGCAGCGGAACACGUCGUUUGGGAAGAACCUCAACAAGCUCAGCAAGGCCGAGAAGCAGGCGCAGCAGGGCGCAGAGCACGGGGGGCGACACCACCGUCGCUCGCAGUCUGGCAACUCGGUGUCUGCGCCCAGCAGCCCCCACGGGCGGCCGGGCUUCAAGCGCCACGCAUCGUCGGGGGCGAUUGUGCGGGCAAACCAGGCGCAGGUGAAUGCGAACCUGCGCCGCAACCACUCGAGCGGCCACCUGCCGCCGCGACAGGGCCACGGCAAACACGCGGUCAAGUCCAAGGGCGACCAUGGUGUGUCGCGGCGCGCACUCGCCACGCCCAAUCGAUCUCGCCAGGCAUCGCCCGAGCCGGGCGCUGGAGUGCAUUUCGACCUGGCCGACGAGGGCGACGAGGGCGACGAGGGCGGGUGGACGGAAGAGAGCGCCUCGCAAUCACCGACGACGACGCGAUCCAACACGCGCUCCAACUCGGUCAUACUCGAGGCACAACACCGGGCGGCUGAGAUCAACAUGGAGAGGAACCGGGGCGAACCAUCACAGCAAGCAGUGGCGAGUCGGCAGCCGCCCAGCCAGCCAGCGCCGGCGGUGAGCGAUGGCGCGCGCAACAGCACGCAAAUCAACGGCGCGAGCUCUUACCAGCACUCGCGGCCUCCUGACGCAGAUAUGAUAACGUCGCGUCUGCUGCAGCGCAGCGCCUCGCACCACGUCCCUCCCAAAACCACGUCGGUUGCCGCGACGGUGGUGUCGUCGUCGGAUCGGCACAACCUCCUUAGUCACACAGCUGGGUCUGUGGGGUCGACACUAGUAGACACGCCUGGGCGCGAUCUUGUGUCGCGCUUUAUGGACGGCGAUGGGUCGGCGGGGACGCCACACGACGGCGAAUACAUGGCAGCACACGGCGGGGGCAAGGACGGGGGAGGGGGAGGGGGAGGCGGCGGAGAGGGAGGCGGGCUGGACAAGAGCAAGCGGAACAAGUCGAUGCCCAACUUCAGCGGCGGGGCAGAGACGCCAUCCAAGACGCCGCAGCGGUCAGGGACAACGACACCGACGACGAGCCUGCCGCCGUCGCGCACACAGCAGAAGCUCAUGUUGCAACGGGCGUCGUCGAAUGUGGAGCCGCAGAAGCUGGUGCCGGUGACGCUGCCGCGCACAGGCGGGCCGACGUACUUGCAGUCGAGCAUGCACUACCAUGCGAACGGCGAGGGGCGACUGGACCCGCGGCUGCAGCAGCAGUUCAACCAUGUUGCGGUCGAGUACAAUGUGGUGCGACGAUACCGCAAUCCGGUGGCGGAUGCGCUGGGGCGCAUCUACCAGAUGCCGGGCAUGUCGCGCAAAGGGCGGAUGGCCAGGACGCAAAAGGCGAGCAACGGGGUGGGAACGGGGACAGGGACGGGGACGGGGACGGGGAUGGGGAUGGGGGGCAGCAGCAGCGUGAGCACGAGUUUCAAUGAGGGCGUGAGUGAAACGGACGGAGCGAGCUCGCGGAGAUCACGAGUCAGUUUUGAGCACGAAGGGCGUCCAAGCUUUGAGAGCGAACAUGGGCGCAGUCGAAACGAAGCCGAGGAGAUGUGUCGAAGGCUGUGGGAAAGUGCCGAAGUGGUCGAAGCGGACUGAGGGUUGUUGGUAGGUGCCGAUGGUAGCGGCGUGAGUCGCAAACGAGGGGGGGGGGAGGAGUUUGCAACCAUGGUGAAGGAGCCAAGACCAUGUUCAAGGUUCGUGCGUGGAUUUUUUUUCCCUUUAUCCCCCGACUUUUGCCGUAGUGUUGGGGGAAGGUGUUUGGACGAGUAGAGAGAGCAAGUCAGCGGGCUCGGGGGGCGGUGUGAUGAGGGUAGAGCCGGGCACACGAGAAGGGAUACGAGGGGAUGGG